AUGGCCCCGGAGAUUGACAAUCAACCUCGCCAUCCCAGCAACGCAGCUUCACCGUCUGCCAAAGGGGCGGGCGAUGCACGAGAAAUUUCAAUGGAGGAAAUUAAAAAUGACGUUGAGUUUGCGCAAUGGUAUGGCUCCAUUGGGAGUGAGUUGCUAGAGGUCAGCUAUGAAGAAUAUCAAUUGUGUCUUGAUGAACUAGAAGCUUCAAAAUCGCAUCUCGAUUCUCUUCUAAAUGACACUAUGUCUACGCUCGACCUUUUAUCUAGACUUUCCGAAUCAUUCAAAGCUGUGGAAACGCAAACAUCAGCCUUCCAGCACCAGUGUGAGGGGCUACUCUCUGCGCAGAAACGCAGUGCCAGACUAGCCGAGGAUAUUCACGAGAAUCUACAAUAUUAUGACUUUUUGGAUCCCGUAUCACGGAGACUGAAUGCGCCGAGCGCAGGAAAUUCCGUGCGGACGAAAGACUUUUCCGACAUGUUGAAACGGCUGGACGAGUGCUUGGAUUAUAUGCAGGCUCAUCCUGAACAAAAAGAAUCAGAGACAUAUAGGUCUCGAUAUCGCCUUCUUUUGACUCGUGCCCUCACAUUGAUCAGGGGCCAUUUCGUAUCCACACUGCGGGAGAUAUCUUCGGGAGUGGCGAAAAGAAUUGCAGACCGGCAGCUUAAUGAUACCACUAUGUCUGCUCUUUUAUAUGCUAAAUUUCGCGUGGGUGCUGCAGAUUUAAAGGAUAUCGGAUUAGAAAUACAAAAACGAGCAGUGCCGCCUGCUGAUUCAGAGCAAGGCGCUGAAGCUGAAUACCAGAGCUUGCUCAAUGAGCUUCAUAGUAGUUUUUCAGCUACUAGAGGUAAAUUGGUAAUACCUAUAUUGCGGAAGAGGUUGAACGAUAUUGCGCAGGCUCCAAGCACAUCGAAAGACCUUGUAGCAUUUGCACGAGCUAGUAUCAGUUAUAUUCGUGGGAUUUGUCUAGAUGAAUUUGAAUUAUGGGGUCAGUGGUUUCAUGGCCAACAAGGGCUUUAUGAUUUUCUAGAAGCUGUCUGCGAGCCGCUCUACGACCACUUGAGGCCAAGGAUCAUCCAUGAAACAAAACUUGUCAAGCUGUGCCAGCUCUGCUCAUUGCUACAAACUCGUUACUUAUCGGAUCCCGAGGAAGAUGGAGAGUAUACAGACCCGACCCAACUUGACUUUUCUGUCUUGAUCCAACCCGCCUUAGAGGAUGCACAAACCCGACUUGUCUUUCGUGCACAGGCAAUACUACGAGAUGAAAUUGAGAAAUAUAAGCCGCGGCCCGAGGACCUUGAUUACCCAGCUCGUAAUCGAAAAAGACCAUUACCAGAAUCAAAUAAUUCCAAUACUGGGUCGCACAGAAAGCAGUCCUUUGCUGAACCGUCAACCCCUGUACCGAAGACGCCCGUGGUUGUUGACGAAGACAUUGAUUCACCUCAAGAAAAGGAUCCCCGAUGGGACUUUGAUUCCGGGGCCGUUUUUGAGGGAUGGUACCCAACUUUGAGAAAGGCAGUUUGGCUGCUGAGUCGUAUUUAUCGCCUCGUUAAUUCAACUGUUUUUGACGAUCUAGCUCAUCAAAUCGUCCACCAAACCAACGUAUCCUUACACACCGCAAGCAGCCAAAUAUCCGCAAAGGCCUCUCCAGCAGACGCUCAGCUAUUUCUAAUCAAACACCUCCUCCUCCUCAAACAACAAAUCGUUGCAUUCGAUAUCGAAUUUGUCAGCCCGGAUGUCUCCUUCGACUUCUCCGGUGUAACUAACACGUUUUGGGAACUUAGAGAACGCGGAGGUCUCUUUAACCCACGGAACCUCAUGCGGCUGGUUGGUCGUGGCCUGCUACCCCGCGUCGUAGAAAACAUGAUUGAUGCAAAAGUCGAACUAGACGGCAGGUUACGCACGGUAAUCAACGACUUCACCAACUCCUUCGCCUCCAGGAUGACCAGAUCUCUCACCGCGCCAGCCAAGUCCACAAACAGGAGCGAGUCCUAUAGUAACGCGUUGCGACUUACUGUCAAAGCGAUCGAGAUGGAAGUACCCCAUCUUCGACAGAUUCUUGAUGAUUACCUCGACGAUACUGGGACAACAGAGACGCUUGUGAGUGCGGUGCAGGAUUGUGUGAUUCAAGUCUAUGAGGAUUUCUUCAAUGGGUAUACAGCUACUCUAGAAGCUGGGGCGAAAGUGGAGUCUAAUACUAAUAAUAAAAUUGCCCAUAAUGGUAAACUGUUGCCAGCGGAAAGGAAUCAAAAGGCUCAUGAGGAUGGCGUAUGGGAUAUUGACACUUUUGCAGCAUGGAGUGAGGCUGUUUUUAGAGUUGGUGUUACUGGGUUUGAGUCAGGCGGCGAACAAGCUGAGCUUGGCGAAGAUAAAGACGACGAUGCGAUCGUCGACUAG